CGAAAACAAAGGAAAACUGUUCAGUUAACAGUCUGGUAUGGAAGAAGGUAUGACGCGUGCAAUGGAGAAUCGUUAGAAUGAUCAUCGCUGCNUCAAAGUAAAGGCGUUUCUCGUGAAUAAAAUGUGCAGUUCCAGGAAACAGAACGAUUCAACAUGAAAAAAGAGAGCGUUCGUUCGUCGACGAGAAGGAAGAAUUGGUGGAGGCAGUGACCAGCGGGGUGGUAUAGAAAGGGGGGAUGGGUAGGUGGGAAAACCGAUGGUGCGAGCCUGCAGACAGCUCUCAGCGCGGAAGGAGAAUGGCUGAUACCGUUAGAAGGGAAAACCAGGCAGAAUGGAGAAAAUAGAAGAGGGGGGAAGGGAUACAGUGGCAAAGAAAAAGGGGAUGUUGGAUGUAACCGGGCAAGGGGAAUAGCGGAGGAAUGACGCGGCUCAAUUUCUCGCUUUGGUGUCUGGGAAACUGGACCGUGAACCGAUUCCGCAUCGUUUCUGCUGAGAUUUAUUCCUAGUUGUCAUGAAAUAAAAAUAAAUCAGAAUUCCUAACUAUUUGAUGUAUUUGAUAAUCGGUGGACGCUUGAAAUGCACAAAAUUUGUUUUUCCACCAUGUGACUUUUAAUUGGAAAAAUGUAAGAUAAUAGAGAAAUUGGAAAAAUGUCAUUUCCAUAGAAAAAUAAUAAAUGUAGAUAUUUGAGUCGGUAGAUUAUUAUGGAUGCAGAAAUUAUACAUUAUAUAUUCUAUAUUGAAGACUUAAACAAAAUCAUUUAAAAUUUUCAUAAAGCUACACGAUAUUUCAAUUUUAUUUAAAUGUAAUAACGUACAACAUUUAAACAAAAUUAUUUGACAUUUUUAAGGAGGUCGAAUUAUACAAUACUCGAACGUAGCUGUAUACAAGAUACCUCUUCAUUGAAUUGUAUUUGUGAAUCGGUCAUACUGCCCGGUCAAUGCUCAUAUAUAACAGAAUAUCUGAGAGACAGUCUUGUUCAAAAUUCUGGAAUAGAGCGCCAAACGCGUUACUCAUAAUAUAUCAGCUCGUGAUUUGUCUAAUCUUGAAGACUGAAUUGAAGAAGUUGAUAGAAAAAUCGUUUAAAAUUAUUGUAAGAUGAGACAAAAAUUAUUCGAGUGGAAAAUGAAGGAAAUACGAAAACAACGUCAACUUCCCCUACAAAAUUUAUUUAUAAAAAUAGUUUUCGAAGAAAACAAUAUUUAUUGAAAAAAGAAAACAAUUGAAUCGAAUGGACGAUCAGAUGUGCGAGAAAUGAUACAAGAUAUAAAAAAGAAAUUCCAAGAUUCAGUGCAAGAUGUUAUUUAUGAAAAGUAAUGGAAAUUGUACCAAGAACGCACAAGUUUAUGGUCUACUUUCCUGAACGAAUCAGUAACAGGAGGAUUAGUGAAAAGUUCAGUGUAACCUGUGGCCUGGGAAAUCAUAAACUGUGACCACUUUAUGCCCUCAGGCCCCGAUUGUAGUAGGUGGAGCCAUCAAUGACAGCCCCCAGAAGACAAAAGGGUUUACUAUCUUUGAAAAUCGAUGGUUCUGAUUGGUCGGGCCCAAUGAGCAGUACAAACUAUAAAUUGGCAAGAAAUGCUACGUACAUACUCAGUAGCCUCUGAAACAUCCAACCUAUCGCUUUACCUAGUGAACGUUACAAGUGAACUAACUCGAAAAACAGUUUUCAUUUUGAAGACAUGAACAACGGACAGAUGAACAAUUAUCCAUCGCAGAACAACAUGGCCAACAACUCAUCUCCGUCAUCGAUGAGCAUCGGAUCUUCGCCCAUUUCGUCCGCAUCCAGCUGCACUAACGAUAACUACGCUAUGUGUACAUACCAGAAUGGCUUGACUACGGGCUAUUACGAGCAAAAUUUGUGGGAGAUGAACGGGUUCAGAAACCUGAUGUGGAUAAAUGGCGAACAAAGGAAAUACUUGCAGCAGAAACAAGCAACAACGCAUCAGAUACAAGUAACAACGCAGCAUAUACAGGCAACAACAAUGCAGCAGAGACAGCCAACAACGCAGCAGAUACAGGCAACAAUGCAGCAGACACAGUCAACAACGCAGCAGAUACAGGCAACAAUGCAGCAGACACAGCCAACAAUGCAGCAGAUACAGGCAAGAAUGCAGCAGAUACAGGCAAGAAUGCAUCAGACACAGCCAACAACGCAGCAGAUACAGGCAACAAUGCAGCAGACACAGCCAACAACGCAGCAGAUACAGGCAACAAUGCAGGAGACACAGCCAACAAUGCAGGAGAUACAGGCAACAACGCAGCAGGAGCAGGUCCCUACUGUAGCAGGAACGAAUCCGCCAUCAGUACAAGAACCACAAAAAAAAUUGACUAAACGUUCCCGGACAGCAUACACCAGUGCGCAAUUAGUUCAGCUGGAGAAAGAAUUUAGCCGUCUUCGUUACUUGUGUCGUCCACGACGUAUUGAAAUGGCAACAGCGCUUUCCUUGACAGAAAGACAGAUCAAAAUCUGGUUCCAAAAUCGCAGGAUGAAAUAUAAGAAGGAUCAGAUUUUGAAAUCUGGACAAAACAUCAAAUCUGUGAAUGUGAAAGCUGCUUCUGCCAAAAAGACUGACACUGCUGCAUUGACCGCCAAUUGGAAUGUUGAAAACUUAGCGAUGAAUAAUAUUACGCACACGUAUCCGAGUAACGCCGCCGCAACCAUUAUACAACCACAAACAAGAGCACCUUGCAUGUUCAAUUAUCACCAGUAUGGCAGCCAACAGCCAUACGCUCCUGAGAAAUCGGUUUACUACAUUGAUCAAGGAACGUCAACACAACAUCCAUUGCCAGAUCAAUAUUCAUAUCAAAUGUACAAUCAUCCGAUGUACAAUGCACAACCACAAUACGAAAGUCAAAUGCAAUAUCAACAGGAAAUAAAUGUAGAAUAUACACCACAAAGUUCGUAUGUGGAUUUAGAAAAGAGCACCUAUGGGUGUUAUUACAAUUUGGGUAACAACGUUCAAGAGCAACCGAUGGUACCACCACCGCUAGACGCUACCACGAGCGAUAAACCAAAUACUGCAUCAACGAAUUCAACUUUGGAGGAGGUGAUCCGCAGCAGCCUGUCGGAUCUUGCAGAUUUAGUAAAUUUGUAAAUUACAUAAAUAUGUA